GAGGUCAUGUCUGAGAUCAUUCCCAAACUGGAAGCUAAAGACAAGGCUACUUCCGAUGAGUUUGUGGUGGAUGACGAAGGUUGGGAAUAAACGAUCAAGAGUUUCUCUUGUUUCUCAAGUUGCCUCGCGCCAUGUAUUGGUGGUUCAGAAGGACAAAGGGGAAAAGGGGGACGAGGAGGUGGAAAAUGAGGAGGAGGACGAGCAGGAAGAGGAGGGGGAGGAAGACGAGCAGGAGGAGGAGGAGGAGAAAGAGGAGGAGGAGGAGAACGACGAGGAAGAGGAGGAGGAAGAAGAGGAGGAGGAGGAGGAAGAAGAGAAGGACGACGAGGAGGGAGAGGAGGACGACAACAAAGAAGAGGAGAAAGAGGGGGACAACGACGAGAAGGAGGAGGACGAAGAAGAGGCAAAGGAGGAGGAGAGUAGGAGGGAGGACAACAAAGGGGGGKUGGGGGGGGGGGAGGAAGGGAGGCGUCGAGUCAAGGAAAUGAGAGGCAGAUUGUCUCGCCUCAACCCCCCCUCACCCGCUGCCUAGCCCCCUAACCCACUUUUUCUUUUCCCCCCCUAAAUCAAUCAAUUAAUCAAUAAAACAAACAAACAAAAUCUUUAUCCAAUC